AUGCGUCGUCGUCCACUACCGGUGCGUGAAACUACUACCAAAUCGUGGCGUAACUUGUGCGAGAACGAAUGGGCGGUGUACGCCAUUGUUGCGUCAGUUGGUGCUCUGACGUACUCGAAUAGUUUGAGCGGUGAAUUCGUACACGAUGACAUUCCGGCUAUCGUGACGAAUAGUGACGUGACGGGUGCGAAUCCGGUGCUGAGGAUAUUCGAGAAUGAUUUCUGGGGCACGCCGAUGUCGGACCCCGGGAGUCACAAGUCAUACCGGCCGCUGACUACAUUGACGUUUAGGCUAAACUUCGCAUUAUGCGGGCUUUCGGCGUGGUGGUGGCAUGCAUGCAACAUCGCGUUGCACGCCGCUUGUUGCGCGCUUGUCGCUAGAGCGGGCGCGGUUGUCGCUCGCUUGCAGAGACCGUUCGCCGCGCUUGCCGCUUUGCUGUUCGCUGUGCACCCGGUACACACAGAAGCGGGCUACGAACAAUAG